UUUGUCAAAUUUGAUUGUUUUUUCGCCCUGCUCGCCCUAUCCGGCUCUUCCCCCCUCCCUCGUGUCUCUCUGCCUUAGCUCGGCUCGUCAUGAGCUCGCAGCGUUAUCAAAGGGUGAACGCCCACGACGAAGAUGAUGAAGCACAUUCCCACUCGUCGAUCCCUUUACGAUCCAACCUCACUCCUACCUCUCCACCUCCCUCGUUUCGCUCUCACUCUCGCUCCUCCUCUCCCUCGGCUAGACGCCUUCUCCCCCACCAAAACGAUGAAUCUCACAGGAACGAUGCGGAUCAGACACUAGCGGAUGCAUUUGGCGAUGGAAGUGACUCCGAGGCCGAUGAUGAGCCCGAUGAUAGGCAGCGCUUAAUGCGGGCCAACCCGGAAACCCGAUCACUGGCCGACAACAGCAGUAAUGCCGCUGCUGGAGGUGCCUCGUCGCAGGCAAGCAAUGCACAACAAGGGGAACAGCGUAAUUCUGCUAUUCAGAGGAGACCAACGAUCCUGCCGUCGUUUGGCCCUUCGAGCGCGGGGGGGCCUGGUCGUGUGAUAAGCUCAAAUGACGGGGUGUUCGCCAACUUGGCUGCGAAGCCAGAACGGGGUGAGAAGAAUGAGGAUUUGCCUCCGUCCUACGAGGAAGCUGCCGCAGAUGCCACUCCGCCCUACUGGGAGACCACCAUUUUGGCCCCUGGUCUAUCAACCGAUGAAGUCUUUGUCGAUGGAUUACCGGUCGGAUCCGUCUUUUCUUUUGUCUGGAACGCUAUGAUCUCCAUGUCCUUCCAACUGGUUGGAUUCCUUCUCACCUACCUCCUUCACACCACCCACGCCGCCAAGAACGGAAGCAGAGCUGGUCUCGGUCUUACCCUGGUACAAUACGGCUUUUAUAUGAAGGGCGGCAGUGAAUCCAAGGGCUCCGACGAAGGUGGCUCCGAUCAAUAUGUCGCGCCCCCGGAUCCCAAUAGCCACAGCUUUGACCCGAAUGCGGUUGCCGAUGGAACCGCCGGAGAUGGAGGCGGAGGCAGUGCGGUGUCUUCCAUAAGCACGAGCGAAUGGAUCUCAUAUAUAUUGAUGAUUGUCGGCUGGUUUAUCCUGAUCCGCGCCAUCAGUGACUUCUUGCGGGCCAGACGCCACGAACAACUUGUUCUGCAGAGUCCAGAGCGUGGUCUCAGCGUCCCGGUCAUCGCAGAAGGUGAGCGAUCGGAGACAGUCGUCUAAGCGUUUAUUCAAUCAUCAUAUAGUCCAUUCCGUACAUGGGAUAUUGGGAAAGUACAGAGACUACUGCGUAUAGGUUAGGAGCUUUGGAGCUUGGAGUUUUGUCUUGUCUUUUUUCCCCUGCGCCUAGCUGCUUUUUAUGUUGGCAUUUUCGAGCACUUUUGAGGAUAAUAUGGUAGUCAUGCCUGUCUGUCUUUUUUCUAUUUUUAUACAUCUUUUCUUUUCCUUUCUUUUUUUUACUUCCUCGCUUGCAGAUUCAGCACUGGGCAACAGCAACAACAACACACUGGACUUGUAGCUAUUUUGUUUAAAGAUACCAAUCUGAAAGACAUAUUUCAGCCUCAUUAUCGUCGUUCUUUGGUG